GCAAGUGCAAGAGAGAGAGAGUGUCCUGGAGGUGCAUCUUCACUCAGAGUUUGGAGGAGCGCUGUAAUCGGAUCCUCCGGGAGAUGGAAGGCUCUCUGAUGGCCAGGGACCGUGUGGGACUCCAGGACUUUGUGCUCUUGGACAAUUACACCAGUGAGAGUGCCUUUCUGGAGAACCUUAGGAAACGGUUCCAUGAAAACCUCAUUUAUACCUACAUUGGGACUCUCCUGGUGUCAGUUAAUCCCUAUAAAGAGCUGGGUAUAUACACUAAGAAACAAAUGGACAUUUACAUGGGAGUUAACUUUUUUGAGUUGCCACCACACAUUUAUGCGCUCGCUGACAAUGUUUACCGGACAAUGGUAUCCGAGACCAAUAACCACUUCAUCCUCAUCUCUGGAGAGAGUGGUGCAGGCAAGACUGAAGCCUCGAAAAAAGUGCUGCAGUUCUAUGCUGUUAGUUGCCCGAGUACCACACUACUGCACAACAUCCGAGACAGACUGCUUCUUUCCAACCCUGUCCUGGAGGCUUUUGGAAAUGCCAAAACUCUUAAAAAUGACAACUCAAGCAGGUUUGGCAAGUACAUGGACAUCCAGUUUGACCAUCGGGGAGCAGCAGUUGGUGGACACAUCCUUAGCUACCUUUUGGAAAAGUCCAGAGUUGUCCACCAAAACCAUGGAGAGAGGAACUUCCACAUAUUUUACCAGUUAGUUGAAGGAGGAGAAGAGGAUCUCCUACGCUGGCUGGGCUUAGAGAGAGACUGUCAGAAGUACAGGUUCUUAGUUCAGGGACAGUGUGCCAAAGUGAGUUCCAUCAAUGACAACAGCGAUUGGAAGACAGUGCGAAAAGCUCUCUCUGUCAUAGAAUUCAGUGAGAGUGAUAUAGAGCACCUGUUUGCAAUCACUGCCAGUGUCCUCCAUUUGGGGAAUGUCCACUUUGAAGCCAAUUUCUGUGGUUAUGCCUCUCUGAACAGCUGCGCAGAGAUACACUGGCUGUCAAAGUUGCUGGGAAUCCUUCCAGCAGUAUUGCAGGAAGGUUUAACACACAGGAAGAUUGAGGCCAAAGCAGAGGAGGUGCUGAGCCCCUUUACUGUAGAUCACGCAAUAUAUGCCAGAGAUGCUCUAGCCAAAGCCAUUUAUGGACGCACCUUUACCUGGCUGGUCAACAAGAUCAAUGAGUCAUUAGCAAACAGAGAUUCAACCAGGAAAACAGUGAUUGGUCUGCUGGACAUCUAUGGAUUUGAAGUGUUCCAGGUAAACAGCUUCGAACAGUUCUGUAUAAACUAUUGCAAUGAGAAACUCCAACAGCUCUUUAUCCAACUCACUCUCAAAUCGGAGCAGGAAGAGUAUGAGAUGGAAGGAAUUGAGUGGGAGCCCGUGCCAUACUUCAACAAUAAGAUCAUCUGUGACCUGGUGGAGGAGAAACAUAGAGGAAUCAUCUCAAUACUGGAUGAGGAGUGUCUCCGUCCUGGAGGAGCUACAGAUAUGACUUUCUUAGAGAAACUGGAGGAGAACAUGUGUGGUCAUCCCCAUUUUGUUACGCACAAGCUUGCGGACCCAAAGACCCGUAAGACUCUGGGACGUGGGGAGUUCAGACUCUUACACUAUGCAGGAGAGGUGACCUACUGUGUUCUAGGAUUCCUGGAUAAAAACAAUGACCUCCUAUAUAAGAACAUCAAAGAUGUUAUGCAUCAGUCUAAGAAUCCCAUUAUCAGGCACUGUUUCCCUACCACUGAACCGGAUAGUAAGAGGAGGCCAGAGACGGUGGCUACCCAGUUCAAGAAUAGCCUUGCAGGACUCACUGAGAUUCUGAUGUCGAAGGAGCCGUGGUAUGUUCGCUGUCUGAAACCCAAUGAAGGAAAGCAGUCAGGUCGCUUUGAUGAUGUCACAGUGAGACAUCAGGUGAAGUAUCUGGGGUUAAUGGAACACCUGCGAGUCCGACGUGCCGGCUUUGCUUACAGACGCCGAUACGAGGUCUUCCUCCAAAGGUAUAAGCCACUCUGCCCAGACACCUGGCCACACUGGAGAGGGACGGCUGCAGAAGGAGUGGAAAAGCUCGUCAAAUAUUUGGGUUACAAACCAAAUGAGUACAAGUUGGGCAGGACGAAAAUCUUCAUUCGUCAUCCAAGAACUCUCUUUGCCACUGAGGAUGCUUUUGAUGUCUGUAAACAUGAGCUGGCCACAAGGAUCCAAGCUAAAUAUAAGGGCUACAGAGUGAAAGGAGACUAUCUGAAACAAAGAGAAGCAGCCACAAAGAUUGAGACAUGCUGGAGGGGUCUGCAGGCCAGACGGGAGCGUGAGAGAAGGGCCUGGGCAGUCAAAGUCAUCAAAAAGUUUAUAAAGGGCUUCAUGACCAGGAAUCAGCCGGCCUCAUUUGACAACUCUGAGUACCUGGCCUUCGUCCGCAACAACUACCUCACACGGCUGAAGGAAAACCUGCCCAAAAGUGUUUUGGACAAAAAAACCUGGUUGACUCCACCGCCUAUUAUGAAGGAGGCCUCAGAACUGCUGCGGAAGCUGCAUAUGCGCACCAUGGUGCGAAAAUACGUCAGAGGGAUCACUGCACAACGCAGAGCACAACUGCAACUGAAAGGCCUAACCAGUGACUUGUUCAGAGGCAAAAAAGAGAACUAUCCCAGCAGUGUGGGCAGACCCUUCGCUGACACCAGGAUACAUGAGCAAGACAUAAACAUUAAAGUCCUGCAGGUGAUUUGCCAAGAGGGUAUGAAGUAUGGAGUUCCAGUAAUUAAGUAUGACAGGAAUGGUUUUCGCCCACGCUUCAGACAGCUCAUUCUCACUCAGGAAGCAGUUUACCUUGUGGAGGAGGCCAAAGUCAAACAGAGAGUGGAGUACUCUUCUCUAAAAGGUGCGUCUGUCAGCAACCUGAGUGACAACUUCCUGAUUCUACAUGUCACUUGUGAUGAAAUAAGGCAAAAGGGGGACCUGGUCCUGCAGUGUGAUUUUCUGUUUGAGGCCUUGACCAAAUUAUGCAUGGUCACAAACAACCACAGCAUUGUUAAAGUAGUGCAGGGAAGUGUAAGGUUUGACAUUCAGCCAGGCAAAGAAGGAUUUGUGGACUUCAAGAGUGGCUCAGAGUCAAUGGUGUACAGAGCCAAGAAUGGCCACUUAAUGGUGGAAUCAGCACGGACAAAAUCCCGAUAACUGCCAAGAACUGGAGAUGCUCUCUCUGAAUUUCUGAUGUUCACCAAACAAUAUGAUGAGGAAUUGACAGCUCACAGAUAUUGAAAUGUUCUGACCCCAUAUGUAACUGUAGAUAUUAGUGUCCUAUUUCAGUCUUAAAUUUUAACAUAGACGAUUAUACAUUUUAGCAUCCUGCCUCCAUCUUGAGCUCUAAUAUAAACAGAAAUCCUAGCAUACUACCACCAUCUCUAUACCUAACAUACACAACUGGACCCUUUCGCAUCCUAUCUUAGGCACUUAUAUACCACAGAUGCUCCAUGAGUCUGUGCUGUACCAUUUGCACCACAAGAGACUCAUAGUUCUUCACUGCUGUGACAUUUCUUUACUAAAGUGAAUUCUAAGGAGCUACUUUUAAACUUAUUACCCAGGUGCUCUGCUCCUUUACUUUUCAGCUUUAUUAUCAAACAAAACAAAACAAAACAACAAAACAAAACCAAGAGAAGCAAAAACAACAACAACAACAACAACAACAACAAAAACUCCACUCAGAUGUAAUUUGGAAACAGAUAAAAGUGAUUUGCAAGACAGCCCUCCACUGCCCCCUUGUGUACUGGGGUGUAAAAUAGGAUGAGGAAUGUGAGCAGACUGAGAAAGCUUGGCUUUAGAGACACAUAGUUCUAGAGGGAUCAGCUAGUUGUGUACUUAGUGCCGUAUCCUCAUUUUGUUGUCUAAUGAUAAGCUAUUUUGGAGAUUAUACAUUUUUCUCUUCUCUGUGACUUUUGAACCAUGUAUCAUAAACAUUUUACACAUAAGCAGAGUUACCAUGACACACUGAGAUGAACAUAUUAACUUAAUGAUACACUAGAUAUAGUUAUAUAAAACUGCACAUCAAAUAUCGGUAAUUAUGAAGACAUAGAGGAAGAAGACCAGCAAAUUAAAAUAAAUAUCUGUGGAAAAAUACUUUUGUACAACCUGCCUAUUCAUAAAAUGUGAAAUGCAGCUAAGUCCUUGUGAAUCAUCAACAAUAAUUUUUGCACCAGUAAUUAAACAGAAAAAACAGUUUCUUUCACUUACUUUAAAUGAGGGUGACAGAGGGGAUGAGAACUUACACAGAUGAAAACCCAUAGAUGUGAAAACAGAGACCUUUUUUGACAAGGACAAAGGACUACAUUUUCUGAAGAUUUUAAUGGACAAGUUACUUACACAAAUCUGUCUGACGUCUGCCACAGAACAAUUCAAUAUUACUGUAAUUGACUUUGGAUCUUGUAAUUACACUGGCACUUCAUACCAUUGUCAUUAGAGUGUUAUGAUAAAGAUAAUUUAAUUAAUAUAUGUUUUCAUAAACCAGAAUGAGCUACUGUAAGUAUUUUAGAAUUUCAAGACC